AUGCGGAUCAUCAACCCCCUCGUUUCCGCGCUGCUCCUCGCAGCCACCACCCUCACCACCGCCCAAAGCCCAACCUGCGCAAAAUGCGACCUCGAAGCGCACGGCUUCGCCUCCCUAAACGGCGGCACCACCGGCGGCCGCGGCGGCGAAACGGUCACAGUCCGCAAACUCGACGACCUGAUCCGGUACGCCGCGUCCCCGGACCCCCUCAUCAUCCGCAUCAACGGGAUGCUCAAAGUGCGGCCCUUUGGCUUCGAGGUCCCCGUCAAGAGCGACAAGACCAUUAUUGGCGUGGGCGCGAAAUCGGGGCUGGAAGGGGGCGGGUUGAAUAUCAAUGCGCAGCGGAAUAUCAUUAUUCGGAAUCUGAAGAUCCAUGGGACCUAUGAUGGAGUGAGUAACUGGGCGGGCAAGGAGGGCGACUAUGAUGCGAUUCAGGUGGAUAAUUCGACGAAUAUUUGGAUUGAUGGGAAUCAUCUCACCGAAAUGGGCGACGGCCUCAUCGACCUCCGCCGCGACACCGACUACGUAACCGUCUCGAAGAACCUCAUCGAAAAGCACAACAAAGCCUUUGGCAUCGGAUGGACCGAAAACGUCAUCUCCAAGGUCACCAUCAACGACAACUUCUUCCACUCCACCAAUGUGCGGAACCCGAGCGGCGGCGCCAUGAAGUACGGCCACCUGUACAACAACUACUACCGCAACAUCACCGGGUACGGCAACUAUGCGCGGGGCAAGACCGAGAUGCUCAUUGAGACGAGUUACUUUGAGGACGUCUUUGAUCCGAUUGUUGCGGGGCCCGAGGGCAGGAUUCGCACGAAUUGGGUCAAGUUUAAGCGGUGUGAGGGGGAGAGGCAUUUGGAUGUGCGAGGGGAGACGGUUUUUCGGGCGAGUGAUUUUUAUAACUAUACCCUGGCGGAUCCAUAUGAUAUUCCCAUUGAUGUUCCGUAUAAUGCUGGACCCAAGGCGGAUAUUGGGGUUUGA